AUGCAGAACGGCGGUGCCAGCUCAGACCAAAAUGGCUCAAUCAGCUCUGUCCCUCGGGACACGAGCCGGCCUCUCACAGAAGAAGAGCUCGAUAGAUACUCCCGUCAGAUGAUUGUACCUGGAAUGGGAAAAGAAGCCCAACUCCGUCUUAUAAACGCCAAAGUCCUCAUCAUCGGCGCCGGCGGCCUCGGCUGCCCCGCCGCGCAAUACAUUGCCGGCGCCGGCAUCGGCACCAUCGGCAUCGUCGACGGCGACACCGUCGAGCGUUCUAAUCUGCACCGACAAGUCGGCCACUCCACCUCUCGCAUCGGGCAGUCCAAAGUCUCGUCCCUCAUCACCCACCUCCGCGGCCUCAACCCACUCCCCACCUACGUCGCUCACACCACUCACAUCACUCCACUCAACGCCGCCGAUCUGAUCUCACAAUACGACCUCAUCCUCGACUGCACCGACAACCCCGCCACCCGCUACCUGAUCUCCGACGUCUGCGUGCUCCUCUGCAAACCGCUUGUCUCGGCCGCCUCCGUGCAAACCUCGGGGCAAAUCAUUGUCCUCAACUGCCCGCCUACGCCGCAGGGUCAACUCGACGGCGGUCCGUACCCGCCUUGCUACCGGUGCUGCUUCAAGAAACCGCCACCGGCCAACGCCCAGCUCUCGUGCGGCGAAGCGGGCAUCUUGGGUCCCGUGGUAGGACUGAUGGGCGUGGCGCAGGCGGGGGAGGCCAUCAAGAUUCUGGCUUCGGCGCUUCACAUUCCUACUACUACUACUACUACCUCUCCGCCAGCUCAAGGGGUGCCGCGGGCGCCCGUGGUGGAACCUACGUUGCUGCUGUACUCGUACUCGCUGACUUCUUUCCUGUCGCCCUUCACUUUCCGUGCUUUGAAAAUGGCGCCGAGAAAGAAGAACUGCUUCGCUUGUGGCGAGGGAAGCAAGCAAAGGUUGACGCUGGAGGGGGUGAAGAAUGGAGAGCCGAACUAUGAAUUUUUCUGUGGGUUGGGUGGUGGCGGGCCGGAAAAGGGGGUGUUGUCAGAAGAGGAGAGGAUCACGCCUAGGGAGUUUGUGGAGAGUGUACAAGGAAAGGACGGCAAUGGGAAAGGAAAAAAGUAUGUGGUGCUGGAUACGAGGGAGAAGGAACAUUUUAGCUUUGGGAGCAUCGAGGGGGCAGUUAAUCUGCCGUUUGGUAAGUUGUUGAGUAAGGCUGCACAGUUUAAACGGAGCGGGGAGACACCCAAGGUAGGUGAUAUUCUACCGCCGGAAAUAAAGGUCCACGACGGAGAUGGAGACGAGGACAUCCCCAUAUACGUGGUUUGUAGAAGAGGGCUGGACUCACAGGAGGCGGUGGAAAAGUUGAAGGAGAUGGGACUUGAUAAAGGAGGGAGCAGGAAGAUUGUGGAUAUUGCUGGGGGAAUGAAGGCUUGGAAGGAGCAGGUUGAUCCAAGUUUCCCGUAUCUAUAACCACAGUGUGUCCGGUCUUUUAAGAUAAAGUCCAGGAUACAAGAUCUGCGGCGGCGAGUUCCUCCGCUGGCGACCAAGAGAUACCAAAUAUAUAUUUACAUAUAUAUAUAGAACACAAAAUCUCCAUGUCAGUCGGGGGAGACUAAGCACGAAAGAACAUGGUUCUUUGGUGACAUAUAUAUAGCCAGUCCUCAUGUCCCGGACGAAUGCCCCUGCGGUAUCUAUCCUCGUACAUACCACGCGACCCGACAUCAAGUCAUCAUGUCAUUCCUGUUCAUCCUUAGCUGCUUCCCAGAUGUUAAACACAACGCGUAUUGAAUGUUAUGCAAUCGAUACGCUCAAACAAAGGUAGUGCGCUUCUUGUUGAAGGCCCUCUGGUCCUUGAGCCAUUGUCUGUAGCCAGCAACG